UUUACAGAACAAAAAGAGAAAAAAAUAGAAAGAAAGAAGCGCAGCUGAGGCCGAGCCGGAGGAGGGCGGGGGCGGCCACCGCAGCAGCAUCAGAUCACGAGCCACGCAGUCGUGGUCGCAGGAGAGAGAGAGAGAGGGAGAGGGAGAGGGAGAGAGCUCCCGAUCGAAUCCAGCCGAGGAGGCAGCCCGAUCCGAUCGCGCGCGGGACGGGAGCGGAGCCCCGCCUGAUCGAUCCACAGGGAUCUGACCCCCGCCUGAUCGAUUCAACCCAAGAAAAAGGUUCGCGCCAUAUCGAUCGAUCGAUCGAUUUGAUCGAUCCCGGAAUCCCUGCCUGCUUGCCCUCCUCCUCCUCCUCCUCCCGCGGCGGAUUCGACUUGAUGGAAUCGACGCACAGCGGAUCGGAGCGGCCAGGCCCAAUGGAUUCGCAGGAGCCAAGAGUUGAGGUUGAUUCAAAAACUGUUCUCGCCGAUAACCCUGAAGAGCAGACCAUUCCUCGCAAAGAUGAGAAAGCACCCAAGCCCACCAUUUCGAAUGAUCCAAAUGAUAUCAAUCUACCAAGUGAAGGACAAGCCCAAGCUGGCACUUCCAAUAUAGGUGGGGGACAGAAUGCUGCAUAUCCACAAACCUUGUACUCCUCUCAGGCACAGCCAUUCUAUUACCAAGGUCCAGGAUACGAGAACCCUUCAAAUGAAUGGGAUGGUUAUCCUCCUUAUGUGAGUGUUGAAGGUCUGGAAGCAGGUCCACCGGUUGUAUACAAUGAUGAUCCUUCAAUGAUGUUCCAUGGUGGCUAUGGCUAUGACCCAUAUGCUCAUUAUUCUCCUAUCUCAACACCUGUACCGGCUGCUGUUAGUGGAGAUGGUCAGCUCUACUCUCCUCAGCAGUUCUCCUUCUCGGCUCCUUACUACCAGCAAUCAGUACCACCUGGCAUGCCAUAUUUAAGCUCUCCUACUCCAAUAUCACAGGGUGAGGCAAUGGUGCCGAUUGACCCAACACAAGGGGCUUUUAUCGCUGAAACUCUGAGUCCAAACAGCUUCCUUUUCGGGCCAAGACCUGAAUGGUUCAGAUCGUCUGAAGGAAAUGGGUCGUUUCCAUCACCUGCUGCUUCUCCUCAACCCGUUGGUGGUGUUUCAGGGCCCUUUGGACAAAGUAACUUCCCAAUGGCUUCUGGAAUGCAAUCUCCUCAGCACAGGCCCUUCUAUGGUUUUGGAACACCAGGUGACUCAUAUGGAAGAGGGUUCUCUCACGGUGGAUAUUUCCCACAGGCCACUAAUUAUGGGGCUCCUUUCCCUAGCUUCGGCCUGAAUGGUAGGAAUUCUAUUCCGAUGGAAAAAGGGCGCAGGAGAGGAAGGGGCAAUGCUCUUCUUUGCAGCUGUAACGGUUCACUUGACUUCCUCAAUGAGCAAAGCCGAGGCCCACGUGCCACUAGACCUAAGAAACAAGCAGAGGAUGGCAGCAAGGAUGAGAAGCCUUCUGCAGGAGGUGAUUGUGAGUUAUACAACAGGCCCGACUUUGUUACAGAGUACAAGAAUGCUAGAUUUUUUAUCAUAAAAUCAUACAGCGAAGAUAAUGUGCACAAGAGCAUCAAAUAUGGUGUUUGGGCUAGCACCACAAAUGGGAACAAGAAACUAGACUCAGCCUACCGUGAAGCGAAGGAGAAGGAAGAGCAUUAUCCAAUUUUUCUGCUGUUUUCGGUAAAUGCUAGCGCACAAUUCUGCGGUGUUGCAGAGAUGAUUGGGCCAGUGGAUUUUGAGAAGAGUGUUGACUAUUGGCAACAAGAUAAGUGGACUGGGCAGUUCCCUGUUAAGUGGCACAUAGUGAAAGAUGUCCCCAAUAAUCUCUUCCGCCAUAUUAUUCUUGAAAACAAUGAUAAUAAACCUGUAACCAAUAGCCGGGAUACACAAGAGGUGAAACUGGAACAAGGCAUGGAGAUGCUGAAGAUCUUCAAGGAUCACGAGGAGGAUGCCUCGAUACUUGAUGACUUCGACUUCUACGAGGAGCGUGAGAGAGCCCUGCUGGAGAAUAAGGCGCGGCUGCAUCAGCAACAUCAGCUGCCCAGCUCUACUGCGGUUGAGCCCAAGAAGCCCUUGACUGUGUCCACUGAUCUAGUUGGUCAUAUAACGAAGAGCUUUGUGCAAGCGGUUCGGCUUGGUGAAGCCAAGAGUGUGAGCCCUAAUUCGACUGAGAAAAGUGCUAUUGGGGAUUCAUCAGCUGCUUCUGUGAAGCCUUUGGAAGUUAAAGAGAGCAGUUUAUAGUAGAAUCUCCUCUUGAUGGUGGCAGUGUGACUUGGUCUAUACUGAAAAAUCUCUGAUCCAUGCGCUUCCUCCUCAUCAGAAAUGUCAAGACAUGGGCGAAGACAAUUGAUUUUCAGAGCUUCUGUCUGGUCAAAGCAUGUAUACUAGGAUAGGUCCCUUGCCAACCUUUGGAUUGGAUGGAAGCGUAGUUCCUUAAAUAGUUUUCUCUUUCUUUUUCUUUUUUUGUUCAUGUUCCCUUUGCUGUUGGUCAUAUUUUUCGUUGCGUUAUAUGAUGAUUCCUUAGUGGCUAGCCUUAAGGAGAGCUGCAGUUUUUUUGCAAGCCUCUGUAAAUUUCCCUGUUCAAUCUCAGAAGAAUAAGCAAUGCCUUUUUGGCUC